UCAGUUUGUGGCUACCUUGUAAUUGACAAAUUGCUUCAAGAGCAGGUGAAGUUAAGUUCUUGGUCAGAUUCACUGCUUUGUCCUCACCAGCUCCACCCUCUUAUCCAUAUAUGCUCACUUCUGGCUCCAAAAGCCCAAGAUGGCAAUUAUUAUAAUAACAAACUGGGGGCUUCAAAACAGUAGACCAAAAAAUAGUGGAUGAUGUCACAAUGGCUAUGUACAUUUAUACAAUCUAUGUGUGGACAUGUAUGGAAGUUAUUGUUUACCAAACCAUUCAACAGCCCACCAUUAAAUAGACAUUUAAAUGAAAAAUGGAUUGGAAGACAUCAUCAAUAUUAUUAUUAGUAGUAGUAUUUCACCAAUUUGUAUGGUGCUACAAUCACAUCUGAUUAAAGUGUGUUAAUGUGUGUCAGUGACAUACACAUGCACAGGGCUGAUUUGUGUAUUUAAUAUGUUUGUCAAACAAGAAAAUUUGGGAUUAUACUCAGUACAAAGUAGCUCUUUUGAUAAACUUAUGUGUCCACACUCAACUUAAAUUUAAACAUAGCCUAACAUGUCCUUGGUUAAAUGCUAUUAAAAGUUCACAAAUUAAUUCUGCCCCAGGACAAAAUCAUUCAGAAAUGAUAUGCACUGUUGGCCAUGCCCAUUUGUUUUCUUAUGUCUGAUAGGUGGUGUGCAAAAUUAAGCAAUAAUGCAAGUCAAUAAAAGGGGAUGGCAUAGCAAUACUGGACUCAGAAAGAGGCUAAAUAGGAUAAAAGUCAUGUGGGCAUUUUUAGGGAUCAACAUGCUCUUGCACAUGCAUUUCAUGUUGUAUCCCUACUUUCUUCCAGCUGUGCCCUCUCCUCUUUCUUCCUCCUCCUGUCAAUUACAGAAACACUUCUACUUAAAUGGAAUGCACAAAGCUGGAGAUGUGGUUCUAGGUGGGCUGUUUGAGACCCAUUUCUUUUCUGUCAUUCCUGACCUGUCUUUUACCUCAGAACCACAACAGCCCAUCUGCCACAGUUUUGAUGUUUUAGGAUUCAGACAGGCACAGACCAUGGCCUUUGCUAUUGAUGAGAUCAACAGAAACUCCAACCUGCUACCUAAUGUGACUCUGGGAUACAGUCUUUAUGAUAACUGUGUCAGCAUAGGAAUUGGAUUUCGCGCAGCAUUGUCCUUAGUCAGUGGUCAAGAGGAGCAGUUUAUGUUAGACGAGACCUGUGUUGGAACCCCUCCAGUAGUGGGGAUUGUGGGUGAUUCUUCAUCCACUCGUUCUAUUGCCAUCUCCAGUGUCUUAGGUUUGUACAGAGUGCCCAUGGUGAGUUAUUUUGCCACAUGUUCCUGUUUGAGUGACCGGCAAAAGUUUCCAUCCUUCUUCAGGACAAUACCAAGUGAUGCUUUCCAGGUGCAUGCUAUGAUUCAGAUUCUAAAACACUUUGGCUGGACUUGGGUUGGCCUGUUGAUCAGUGAUGAUGACUAUGGACUUCAUGCUGCACGAUCGUUCCAAUCUGACCUGGUUCAGUCUGGUCGAGGUUGUCUGGCAUAUUUGGAGGUUUUACCUUGGGGCAAUGACCAAGAUGAAAUAAGGAGGAUUGUGGAUGUGAUGAAGAAAUCUACAGCUCGUGUGGUCAUUGUGUUUGCACAUGAGAGUCACAUGAUUAACCUGAUGGAAGAGGUGGUGAGGCAGAAUGUGACAGGCCUGCAGUGGAUGGCCAGUGAAGCUUGGACAGCAGCUACUGUGCUCCACACUCCCCACCUCACGCCAUACCUGGCUGGCACACUGGGUAUCGCCAUCCGUCGAGGAGAAAUCCCAGACCUCAGGGAAUUCCUCUUACAAACACGUCCUGACCUACACAACAACAACAGCUAUGGAAACAGCAUGGUAAACCAGUUUUGGGAAUACACAUUUCAGUGUAAAUUUGCACCACUUCCAGCAGAUUGGGUAGAUGCUGGGGGAGCAUUGUGCACUGGACAGGAAGAUCUAGAAGAUGUGGAUAAUGAGUUUCUGGACAUCUCAAACCUCAGGCCAGAGUACAAUGUGUACAAGGCUGUGUAUGCACUGGCAUAUGCUCUUGAUGACAUGCUGCGCUGUGUGCCAGGCAGAGAGCCUUUCAGAGGACACAGCUGUGGGAGUUUGAAAGAACUGGAGCCAUGGCAGCUAGUGCAUUACUUGGAAAAGGUGAACUUCACUACAUCAUUUGGUGAUCAAGUGUCAUUUGAUGAGAAUGGUGAUGCCUUACCAAUAUAUGAUAUCAUGAACUGGCUGUGGCUCCCUGAUGGAACAAUUAAAGUUCAGAAUGUGGGUGAAGUUAAGAAGUCAGCCUUCAAUAAUGAAGAACUCACAAUUGAUGCAGACAAAAUCUUCUGGAACUUUGAAUUCAAAAAGGCACCCCGGUCAGUGUGCAGUGAGAGCUGUCCUCCAGGUACCCGCAUGGCCAGAAAGAAAGGGGAACCUGUUUGCUGCUUUGACUGCAUCCCUUGUUCUGAGGGAAAGAUCAGCAAUGUGACUGACUCAUUGGAGUGCACCAGUUGUCCAGAGGACUUCUGGCCCAGCCUCCAGCGUGACCACUGUGUUCCCAAGAAAACAGAGUUCCUCUCCUACCAUGAACCUCUGGGUAUUGGCCUGACAGCUGCUGCAUUGCUGGGCACCUGUAUGUGUGCUGUUGUCCUCGGCAUCUUCAUCUAUCAUCAGAGAACACCCAUAGUACGCGCCAACAAUUCAGAACUGAGUUUUCAGCUAUUGUUGUCACUUAAGUUAUGUUUCCUGUGUUCACUGCUGUUUAUCGGUCGUCCCACACUGUGGACAUGCCAGCUGAGACAUGCAACAUUUGGGAUCAGCUUUGUGCUUUGCAUCUCAUGUAUCCUGGUAAAAACUGUGGUGGUUCUGGCUGUGUUCAAGGCCUCCAAACCAGGAGGUGGAGCCAGUCUGAAGUGGUUUGGUGCUAUGCAGCAGAGAGGGACAGUCAUGGUUCUCACUUCUAUUCAGGCAGCAAUCUGCACUGCCUGGAUUGUAUCUGCCUCCCCAGUUCCUCAUAAAAACACUCAGUACUAUAAUGAUAAGAUUGUCUAUGAGUGUGUAGUUGGGUCCACAGUUGGUUUUGCAGUUUUACUGGGUUACAUUGGCUUCCUGGCCAUCCUCAGUUUUCUGACUGCAUUUAUAGCAAGGAAUCUCCCAGAUAGUUUCAAUGAGGCCAAACUCAUCACUUUCAGCAUGCUGAUCUUCUGUGCUGUGUGGGUGGCCUUUGUCCCUGCUUAUGUCAGCUCACCAGGCAAAUAUGCAGAUGCAGUGGAGGUAUUUGCCAUCCUGGCCUCCAGUUUUGGCCUCCUGGUAGCACUGUUUGGACCCAAAUGUUACAUAAUCCUGCUGAGACCAGAGAGGAACACAAAGAAAGCUAUCAUGGGACGGGGCAUCGAGACAUAAAAGAUGCACUUAAUUUUACUGAACAGGAUGAGUUCUCUUUUUCUAAACAGAAAAAUGGACGCGGUUAAUAGUAACAAGCAGAGCUUAUGCCACACAAAUGUACCUGAAUGUGAAUUUUUUUUAUAUAUAAACCUGAUUAAACACCUGACCAAAUGUGUUAAAAUAUAUGUUACUUUCUGGAUUCAUUUGAUA